AUGAUUUUGCCCCUGGCCUCAUCAUCAUCGACCAUGGACACGAGGAUUAUGCUCUCCUGCAUGAGCGCUACAUACUGCAAUCAUCUUUCGAGGAGAAAAAUCCUUGAAGCGAUCACUUGGAGUUUUCAAUGCUUGUGUGAUGGUUUCUUUCCACAAGCCGAUCCCUGGGGCAAAAAGUUCAGCCAGGAGUACUGCAAAGACCGUUGGCGUGUGGCAGGCCAAAGGAUUGCUGGGCCAUUUCAUGGAUGUUUGGAGGGGAUACAGGGUGACCAGGAUUACAUCCGCACCAUGAUGUCACCAUCUCGUUUCUUUUCGAGACAACUAUGUUGCUACUACUGCAGGGCCCUUGCUUGGAACUAUGUUGGUCACGACCCACGGGAAUCUGAAUUUCUUUACACCAACUUUGGGGUGAAUGCGGCCCACAGAACCACGCUAGUGACUCUUGACGAAUGGCUAGCUGUCAACACACAUUCGCCGUUGUGCAGUGUCCCAGGGUGGUCACCAUGGCGAAUUUUACCGGACCAAAUGCACUUGGUGCAUUUGGCACUUGCCCCCGAUGCCAUCAUAUCUUGUCUUUUGGAUUGGAGUGACCCAAACACUCAGUAUCUUCAUGGUUCUUCCCGGGAUGCUCGUCUACAAACUUUGUGGGAAAACUACAGAGCAUACUGUGAGGAUCAGAGUAUCACAGAACGUGCCCAGCGCAGGCUUUUUAGUGUGCAGACCCUCAAGCCCGACAGUGACAAAUUUGUAGAGAUAUCACAAAAAAUUCUGAACGCGAGCGCGUGUAGAUAUAUGAUAUUCUGGCUGGCUAGUGUGGCCCAACACUUCGCAACAAUCUAUGGCUCAGUUUCCGACAUGUACCGGGCUGGUGUGGCAUGCGGGCUACGCGAGAUGGAAAUUGUCUGUUUGGAGAGUGGCCGUCGCUAUUCCCUUUCUGCCUGGAAAAGAUUGGAGGAAGGCUAUUUGUGUUACAGAGCGGGGUCUUUGCACUUAGCCAAUUUGGCAGUGUCCUUGGGUCAGCCCCGUUGGCAUGUUCGGCCAAAGAGCCACUAUCUAGAACAUGCUGUGUAUGACUUUGAAAGGAAAAAUUUGAGGUACAUGAGUAACUACCUGGAUGAAGAUAUGAUAAGACGAAUAAAGAGGAUGGCAUGUGCUGCAACUCCUCGAUAUGCUUCAAAGCAUGUCUUGUUUCGAUAUGCGGUAGCUGCAACGCUACGAUGGUCCGGCAUGAUCGAGUGA